CAUUGAAAGAUGUUUUAAUAAUCAGUGGUGGUGGGCAAAGCGGUCUUUGACAGAAAAUGUUUGCUGCAGAAGACUUUGCGGUUUCCCUAAGCAAUGGACCCAAGGACAACUCUUUUGCGAGUUCUGAAGAAGGUUCCUUAGACAGUGAGCUAUCUAAAGAUACCUCGUGGAUUAUGUGGUUCUGCUCUCUCAAGGGAAACGAAUUUUUCUGUGAAGUUGACGAAGAAUUCAUUCAUGACGACUUUAACCUCACUGGAUUAAGUACUCAGGUGGCUUUUUAUGAGCAUGCUGUCGAUACUAUUUUAGAUUUCGAUAUUCCAGAGGGAGAGUUGGACGAAAGACAGCAAGAACUUGUUGAGGUAGCAGCAGAAACGCUUUAUGGCCUUAUACAUGCUCGUUUCAUCCUUACGGCAAGAGGUUUGCAGCUUAUGCUUGAGAAAUUCAACCGUGCAGAUUUUGGACGAUGCCCCAGAGUGCUAUGUCAUGGUCAGCCUGUUGUUCCAGUUGGACUUUCAGACACUCCACGACAGAAUACAGUGAAAGUGUUUUGUCCUCGUUGUUGGGAUAUUUUCAACCCACGUUCAAGAUCUCACUGUACUCUUGAUGGUGCUUAUUGGGGGACAACUUUUGCUCAUCUUUUUUUCCAUACAUAUCCAGACCGUAUUCCAGUACGUAACAAGGAAACAUAUAUUCCCAGGAUCUAUGGCUUUCGGCUUCAUGAAACGUCCGAAGAGGUACGAAGGAAUCAUGGAGACUGCAUGAGUAGUGGCGAUACGAAUAACGCUGAAUGAGAAAGUAACUCUUUUUGCAGACUUGACAGAGUUUACUAUAUGAUAGAAACUUUGGAAGGACAUACUUUGAGUGAAUGACACACAGUAUGUUCUUUGUUGCAAUUAAAAUGUGAAUCGUAUUUUCUUUUCAGUGCA